UGUAUGCAGAUUCAUAUAGGCACCAAAUGGGAGGUACCUGGUUAACUUGUAUGAAAGUUCAUGAAGCUCCAUUCAUCAGUCCAUCUAUGGAAACUGAGGACAAAAUUAGCUGGAUCCCAGAUACUGGCCCAGUUGCAAGUCGGCUGGGAAAAGGACAUGCCCAGGAAAAAGACAAUGUAUGGUCACCCUAUAUAAAAGCACUGUUUUCACAUACAUUUUUUUUUUUUUUAUGUAGGACUACCGCUGUUUUUAGUUAUUGAAACAUUCUGGCAAGUGAUUUAUAUGGAUUGAUAAUUUCUAAAACUUGAAUUUUGUUCACAUAUCUUUGUUUUUGUUUUUUUUUUUCUGUUGAAGAAUAGAUAAAUCAACAAGUGUAUUGUUCUGCAGUUCUGUGGAUGCUUUUACCCGCCAGGUAGUCGGGCCAGUCACGUGAAUGAAAAACUAUGGAUUAGUAAUAUUUGUAUUUAAUGAAAAAGAUGUAGGUCAGUUUAUGAGGGUAAAUCGGACUGGUCCCUCAAACCAGUUGAUGGCGAUAUAUUAAAGCCUUACAUGUGGGGAAUGGGAGUGAGCGCUCAGACAUACUGCCCUCUAUAGUGAACAGCGGGAAUUACAUGUCUCUACAGAAACUGGGUGCAAAAUACAUACAGCCAUUCGGAUUUAAAAUAAAUAACUUAUUUCAUUAAAAUCAUGCAAGUUUGCCAAUUGUACUUCCCCAAGGAGAUACUAAAAAAAUAACAAAGACGGCAACAUAUAUUCAAUUUAACAUUGGAAGAGGAAUCACCUGGAGCCUACAAAAUGCUUGGACUUCAAGAAACAAGCUCUACUGGAAGUCCUAAAACAUACAGUUGUGUGGCUUGCUCAGCUACUUUCCAUAGUUUGGCAUCACUCCUGGUGCACCAACCGUCUCAUGCAAGAGAAAUCUCUCAACAGCCAGAAUCGGCACUACCUACUUGUGUCAGCUGUGGAAGCUUAUUUGCGAGCAAAGAUCUCCUUGAAAAACACCACUGUAUAAUGUUGCCCACUCCAGCAUCUCCAGCCCACACCUACAUAUGUGACUGUGGCGAGGAGUUUAGUGGUUUUACAGCUCUUGAGGACCACAAAAAACAACAUGGUUCAAAAAAUGAGGUCAAAUCAGAUUUGGAGAUUAUUCCAGUUGUGCCAGAUGGCAAAACAUACUCCAGCCAUCCUGUCUCAGACCAAGUUUUUCACAGUCUUUCAACAUCCAAUUCAAAUGAAAAACCCCUUGCACAAAGUGCACCUCCUACUUCAAACACUGACAUCAAGGAGAAUGAAUCCACUGCAGAUGUGGAAAGCAACAUCUUGAAGCCAUCUGAAUCCCACCCUGUGACAGAAGAACAAGUGCAGUUAUCUGAGAAGGACAGUGAUGCUUUAAAAACCUCCAGUGUGGUAAACCAUUCUGUGCAAGAUCAUGAGAAAUCACCAGAAUCUGGUGAAGAUUCAGUUGCAUUUAAUAAGAAAUCAAUCCUGAAAAUGCUAGCAUCUGCCUACAUGAGUCAUAGACAACCCGUCCAAAUGAAACAGAGGAACUUGCCCCCCAGAAAAGCUUCACCGAGAGCACCAUUGCAACCUGCGAUCACCAUGACGAUAUCAAAACCCAAGCCACUGGAGAAUCAAUUAAAGAUGAAAAAAGACACAGUGGUUGGUGUGAAAACUGGAAAAAUGUUGUCUAAGAAGGGCAAGAUUAUAUCUGUUACGCAAACUCUCUGUCCUGUAGUGGUCCUUGAGACUCGGCAAAAAUUAUUUGGCCGGGACAAAGUGGAAGGCAGACAUCAGUGCAGACUCUGCCGUAGGGUUUUCCAGGACAUAGACACCUUGAUAAUGCAUCAUGCCCUGCAUAAAAAAGAAAGAGUUAAAUUUUGUCUUUGUUGUCAACAAUUUGUGAUAACUAUAAUCUCCGUCCCUGAAAGCCAUGUCUGCUCUGAUGUAUUUUCUAGAAACCAUCAACCUUUGAUGGGAAAAAUGUCCCAGAAACCAAUCAGCCCUACAGCUCAAGAGGCAGAAAAAAUGUUCUACUGUACUUUAUGCAAGCGUGGCUACACACGGAUACGCAGCCUCAAAAAGCACAACUGUCCAUGUAAAGCUUCUCUGAAAUCCUUGACCACUGUAGGCACCUGCGGUAAUGUCAAACUCCAAAACUUGGAGGAGUGCAAUCCGGCUGUUCCAAACUCAAAUCAAAUGUCAACACAGCAUAUAAAUAUAGGCGUUGGUACAGAGCCGAUAAAGAUUGAGGAACAGAACAUAGAAUUCCCUAAUGGCAAGAAAGAUCAGAUUGGGUUGAAGAUGCAGCUGAAGGAUCAGCUGAAUCCCACAGAAACCCUUGAGUCAAUCUUUGCCAGUGUUUCUAACUCCAAACCAACUGAAUCAACUGAAAACUCCAAUGAAGUACCAGCUGACAUGAUUGGAAUAAAUCAAGAGGAAAGCGAUAAACUGGUUGAAAAGCAGUGGACCAUGCCUUUGGAUGAUGCUGAAAUUGAUGUACUAAUAGAUGUGGAUCAAAAGGACUCCGAUGAGGAAGAUUUGACAGACGUGGCUAGAGAUGACUUUGAUGAAGGUGAGGAUGUUGUCAUUGUAGAGUCUCAUGAGGACAAGGAAAUGUCAGCUGCAUCUAGUAAUGGCUUUCAGGUGCAUAUGACUAAUAAAGGCUUGAAGAGGUUUGUUUGCAACGGGUGCCAGAGAAGCUAUUCCCGCCUAUUUACUCUAAAGGAGCACCUGAAGAUUUGCGGGACAAGAAAAUUAAAGCCGCAAAAUAAUACAUUUAAUAUGGCUGGGCCAAUUAAAAGCUUUCCAUGCCCUCAAUGUGGUAAGUUCUUUAGCCGCAAAGACAAUAUGAAUAGCCAUCGAAAGAAGUGCCAUGCAUCAAACACUAAUUCAGCAGUAAGUAACAGAACUGUGGAGUCUAAAACACCUGCAGCUCAGGAAAACUUAUUCGUCCUGUCACCAUCUACAGGAAACCAAGCAGUCCGACAAGAAAGCACUCAGAAUACUAGCAGUAACAGAAACUGGGGGAUUAUGUCGCUUCCAUCUGUGCUUCCAAGAAGAGUGACGUGCGAAUGCGGAGCCUCGUUCACGUGUCCACGACUUCUCUUUGAACAUCUGCAACAGCAUGCGCAGGAGUCCUAUAUUUGUCCACACUGUGGUGAGAACUUGCAAUCGUGGAUGGACUUUGAAGCACAUCAGCAAUUGCACAACCAAUCUCAAAGCUCUACAAGUGAGCAAAGAGCUUCCCAGCAUCAACAACAGUCAUUUUCCCAAGUGUUGCCAUCACACGUUCUGACUCGGCCGCAACAGUUUUCCGGUUUUUCUGAUCAUAACAUAAAAGCACAACCUUCUGCACUCUUGGCACCUCAACAUUUGAACCAGAGGCCAUUUCCUCAGACAUUGACUUGCCAAAAGUGCAAAAAGCACUUCAGUCAACGCAGUUCCUUGUCGAGACACAUACGGUUGCGUUGCACUGGCGAUACUUCAGGUCAGAAGAAACACACCUGCUCUCGUUGUGCUACAACAUUCCAAAGUCCAUUGAUGCUUAAAGUUCACAUUCAAAGCAAUACGUGUAAACCCGCAUUUAAACCGAUUCGGUGCCCAGUGUGUGUGCGUUGGUUCAGUUGUCUAGAUGGGCUCAAGAGGCACCUGGUCUCACACAGCAGGCAAUCCGACUUGACGUGUUCGAUUUGUGACAAGAACUGUCCAACCCCUCAGGCACUCGAGGAGCAUAAAAGAAACAUUCAUAGAGUCAACAGCAGAAUGAUGCCAGCGGAGAAUGCACAGGAACAUUUACACCAAGCAGAUGCACAAACCAAUCCAUCUACUCUAUUUCAAUGUCACAUUUGCCUUCGCAAUUAUCCAAAGCUUCAAUCCCUGAAGGAUCAUUUGAGGAAAGUUCAUCGGCCUAAACAGCCGAAACAAACUAAUCCGGGAACCAUGGAACCAGUCCGUUCUGGACCGUUUCAGUGUCAGAUCUGUGACCGCUCCUAUCCUAACAUAAAAUCCUUGAAAAACCACAGAAGAAGAGUGCAUCAUAUUGUGGGUGGCGUGUUUCUGCCAUCAAAGGGAACUGAGCAAAGUAUCACUCCCAAUCAGUUUCAGUGUCAUAUUUGCCCACGCAGCUAUCCAGAUGAACAGUCCCUCCGAAACCACAGAAGAAGGGUCCAUCAUAUUGUGGAAGGUCUUGGGCUGUCGAGGGGAAUCACUCAACACAAUCUAUACAAGUGUCAGAUUUGCCAGCGCAGCUAUCCUGACGUAGUGUCCCUUAAAAAUCAUCGGAGGAGAGUUCAUCGCAUAUUAGGGCCAGUGCCUGAAACUACACCAUUACCAGUACCACUACCACCACCACCACCACCAAUAACAACAACAAAUCAUGAAACAGAAGAUGCUCUAGAGCAGAAACCGAUACCCUUCCUGUGAAUGGUGUCCAUGCAUUCAUAAAAGGUGGAUCUGCUGCUUGCCUUUAUUGCUGUUUAUGCAAUAAAAAUUUUGAAAUUUUAGUCAUAAGGCAGCACCUGUUAAGUAUGUUAUAGCAUUAUAGUAAAAAAAAAAAGUUUGAAUAGCUAAAAAAGACAGUAGUGUAACAGUCUUUUGUUUGUUUGUUUUUGUCUUGUUAAUAUUAUUGUUCAGCUUCCUCUGUAUUUCAUUGUUGUUGCCUUAAUUUAAUCUAUUGAAAAAUUCAAUACAGACCCCCCCCCCAAUAUAAAUAGAAAUAUUUUGGUGAAUGCACUGUAUGAAUGUAAAAUAGAACAGUUGAUGGCUGUUUUUAAGGUAGCCAAUGUGUAUUGUCAGUGUACUGUAAAUACAUUUAGAUGUAAACAUGUCCUACAUUCCCUCAAUAAACCCAAUAGUGACACCUUUCCAAGUCUCCUGUAGACCAAUAACAGGUGUGGUCAUGCACACGUUUAUUUAAGAUUAACUUUGAGUGUGUUAUACUGUGCUAAAUGUUGCUGGUAAUCGUAAAACUGACUGGACAAAUCUAAAUGAUUAUUGAUUUGGUGAGCUGAUCGAGUACGAAAAAUGAUGGAGGACUGAAUGAAUAAAUGCAUUAAUUGCUAAAGGCAGAAAGCUUAGUCAAAUAAAUCUGAUACGAAGCCUUGGGAGGGACACAAAAAUGUCAGAGUUGUCUUUCAACUAUCAUAUGUGGUAGGAGUUCUGUAGUGCUUUAACGGUUUACAAGUUUCUAUAUGUUAAAGUAGUAAAUGCAACAGAAAACAUGAAAAACAAUGAACAAUAUUUGUACAUUUUGCAAGGAUAAUAUUCAUUUAUAUGAACUAGUAAAUUUUUUAAAUACAAAUAUGUAAACUAGCAUUUGUUCAUAAUAUGUAUUAGGAAAAUACAAUUAACAAUGAGCAAUAAUAUAAAUGAGCAAUAUUUAUAAUUUUACAUUAACUUUGAUUAAUACAUUAUGUAAAUAUUGUUCAUUGUUUGUGAUGCCUGCGUAAAUGUAAUGCAGCAUCACAUCAGCCCUAAUCUUCCCGUUGUCUUGACAUGCACACAGUAAAUUUAAUAGCUUACCAUUUAUGGUUCUAUAUUUUUCAUUUAUGAAUUCAUGCUUUCAUGUAUACUAUCAUAUGUAAUUUAAAUCAAUUUCUGCAGUUGUAAUUUUUGUUCAAUUUGUGCGGUGUCAAAACACUUUGUUUUCUGAAACAUUUUAAUGUAUCUAUUAAUUGUUAAUAAAACCGAUUAAAAUUACCCAUACCCAGCCUUUAUAUGCAAUUGUUGGUAUGACAUACGUCAUAUGUUGCGCCUUAAAGGCAGUAAACAAGAAUGAUUUAACAUUAAUUUUUUUCAAACUGGGUGAUUGCCUUCACACAGCUACACAUCCCGAAAGAGGUCAUGUCGAAGAGGCUUUUAUCGGAAACGGAAAAGGAAACGCCGUUUGUUUAGUCCCAAACCGUACGUUAGUUCAUUGGUGCUAAAAAGAAAGCAUGAAAGUUUCAGCUUGAGUUGGGGGAAACUCAGGCACUAGCAGCCAAUUCGCACAUCAUGCUCGAAGGAGAGGCCAAGAAACAAGAAACCAACUCUGAUGAGGGCGAUACCAAGGAAGAAUCAGUGAAGAGAGGAAUGGGGGAAUUAAUUUCUAAAGGUCUGGCAUUAGGGUCCCAGAACAGAAGUGUGGAGGAACCUUCGUCUGUAGCCACUAGUGUCCUACCCAACUCCUUGCCCUGUAAUGCUGAGGAAAAAGAGAGAGAAAAAGGCUCCUGUGAAGCAGAUGUAGAUAAACUCCCUCAGCAAUUAAACUCUGAUUUUACCCCAGUCAACAAAGCUGAUAUGGAUGCACAGAAAUAUUCAGAAGACCGUGAGACAAAUUCUCAUGGUCUUUCCAGCACCACAGAUAAUGAACCAAAAUCACUGCUGCUUAAUGAAGAAUUAAAUGAGCCACAAAUCGACACUCGGAUGUCAGUUACAACUGAUGAAAUCUCAAGUAGUCAGUCUGAACGAGAGUCUGACGGGAAUCACUCAACUGUCCAAACAUCUGAGGAAGCUGUCUGUGAUACAUCCUGCCCAAAUAAAAGUAAUCGCCAAUGCGAAGAAUAUUCUGACAAAAAAAUCCAUGAGGACACUGUAGAUGUGAAAGUUUCUGACACUGAAAAUCAAGGACAAAAAAAUGUAACACUGGAUGAUGCCUCUGUAGAUGAUUUACCUGAGAAAACACAGGAGGUAAAUUCAGAGAAUAAUAACCAAAUACCUUCGACCGAAGAUAAUGCUGAGGGAAGCAGCAUGGAAAUCACAGAAAGCAAACAUGGUUAUCCUUCCUUUUCUCGUGGACGGCCACGCAAAGAAAAACGGAUAAUCAAAUGUGAACACUGCGGACGCCCUUUUAAUCAUGCCUCUGCGUAUAUCAUUCAUCUGCGUGUCCACACAGGAGAGAAGCCCUUCAUCUGCCAGGACUGUGGCAAAGCCUUCGCUCAACUCUCCAACCUUCGAUCCCACAGCAAAGUACAUAAAUCCAAAAGUAGGAAACACAAACUCCAAGAUAAAGCCAUACCUGAGAAAAUUGUGGAUGAGAAAGAAGUAAUCAUGACUGACAAACUGGAAAGUGCGUGUCUUAGUAAUCAAAUCACCCCUAAAAGGAGGAGGCGGCGAGGAAGAGGGAAAGGGAAACCCCAUACAUGUCCGAUCUGUGGCAAAGUCUUUUGCUACAAGUCUGUCCUCAAUACCCAUCUUCGUAUUCACAGUGGAGAAAAACCAUACUCUUGUAAGGUGUGCGGCAAAUCAUUUACUCAAGCGUGCACUGCACGUGUCCAUGAGAAAGUACAUUGGCCCAUUAGACCUGUCUUAUGUUCAAGAUGUGGUAAGGGAUUUUCUCAGAUUGGGCCAUUAAAAUUGCACACUUGUGAGGGUAAAAAACACCCACAUGCCACCUUGAAAGAAAUGGAAUUUGAAGGUGUUGUCCGCUUCAGGUGUCACCUUUGCAAAAAGUGCUUUGGAACCAGAGAUGAGUAUGAUUUACAUUUGCAAGGACACACCGAUACCCAGCGUUACAAUUGUGACCGCUGCAAGCAGACGUUUAGUCUCCUCUCAGAGCUAUAUACUCACAAGAAGCAUUGCAUUUCCAUGCGGCCUACAAAAGCAAAGUCUUCUGGUUACAGUUCCCCUCACAGACUGCAACCCAGAAACUCCUUGAAAAGAAGAACUCCUCAAAAAAUGCGGAGUCCAGUAAAAUCUCCUCCAAAUGAUUUUUCCUUUCAGAGGAAUCUCAAAAAAUGCUCCUCCCUACUUGUUUGCCCAGUUCAGGUCAUGGCCACCACUGCUUAUGACCCUCAGAAUAACCUCUAUUCAGUCAGUCAGCCGAUCAAAUCCAGCUAUUUCACAACACAACUGAACAGUACUCACCAGAAAUCAGAUCCAAGAAAGUACUUCUGCCCGCAAUGUGGACGAAUAUUCCAGCACAUAGGAAGGCUGAGAGCCCAUAUGCUCACUCAUUCACGGCGUCAAAGCUUCACGUGUAUUGAUUGCAACAGGAUGUUUAAAAACUGGAACAAAUUUUGGAUUCAUCAGCGGCUGCAUAGACAGAAAAGAGGGCGCUUUUUUUGUCCCAAGUGCGGUCAAGGGUUUCGAUUUGUGGGACUGUACAAUAAACAUCUGCAGAAGCAUCCAGAACUCAAUGCCCACGCUUGUCCCUUCUGUCCUCACACGUUCUCAGAUGCACAGAAGUUGAGGAAUCACCAGCAAGAGUGGCACCGCUCAACUAUGCCCUAUAUUUGUGAAAUUUGCGGAAAAGGUUUUGAAAGUGCGAUUACUCUUAAGCGACAUGGAGUUGUUCACUGCACAAAUGAUCUGAUGGGGAUGCAUUGCACCACUGAUUCGCAGUCCACUGUGCUUCCUUAUGAAUGCGGUACAUGCAGUGCCAGUUUUGAGAACUUGGACUUGCUUUUCCACCAUCAGCUCCGCCACAAGCCUGUAGAUAAAGGCUCAAUAGCAAUGAAAGGCCAGCUACUUAUGACUGACGAACGUCGAUCUCACCGUCUCCAGCAUCAACACUAUGAUUACAGCAAUUAUGAUAAUCAGAUGCAAGAGAAGCUCCUCUCACACCCCCGUUCAAAUGGAGGAGAAAUGCCCGGUCGGUUGUCACAUUUUAGUCCCUCAACCUUACAUCUAUCACAAAAGCCAAAACGAAAAACUGAAGCCCCAAGCACCAGCAGAACAAAUUCUCAGAGUAAUGAGCAGCAAAUGGUUGAAAAACACACUAAAGAAAGUUUUUCAGCAACUGAAGAAUUAAAUGGUUCAAGACAGUCACCGUCCAUAUUGAAGACAGAAGACAAAACUGGUGACUUAAUUUGCUCUGAAUGUAAUGCUUGUUUCUCCAACCUUAUAGAACUGCAUGGACAUUACUUGGAACAUGCCAGAGGCGAAAUAUAAAUAUUCUGUGUGGGAUGAACAUUUGUGUGGGAACCACUUAUUUCUGAAACUUGUGAGAAUGUUUAGUGUGUAUGAUUAUUUGUUUGUCAUGUGAUAUCAACAUUACUAAUGUUCUGACACCCAAUUCUGUUAGUAUAUAUAUAAUUCAACUAGACAUUUCCUGUUAUGAACAGUAUUGUUUUAUUUAGUGAUCCUAUUGAGUUAGAUAUCUGCUAGUGUUGGUGCUGUAAUUGAAGUUUUCUUGGAAGAUGUUGCUAUUAAAAGAUUAAACAUCUUGUCUGA